AUGGGUGCCCUCCACCGCAUUCUGUCGGUACCGGUCAACAAGCCGUAUCGCACACACGACCUCCAGUACAAUGAGCCUCCGUUCCUGAACGAAGAUGGCUACGUCGACUUUGCCCCCGAUGAUAUCGAGAAUCCUCGAAACUGGUCCAUGAGGCGCCGUUUCUACAUCACAAUGUCGACCGUCUUACUAGUCAUGAACGCCACUUUCGCCUCCAGUUCGCCCAGUGGUUGUUUCCCGUCCAUCGCAGAAUGGUUUCACGUCUCAGAGGAGGCUGCCGGCCUGACCAUCACUCUCUUCCUGCUCGGUUACUGUGCCGGUCCUCUCAUCUUCGCUCCCAUGAGCGAACUUUACGGUCGCCGCUGGAUCUUUUACAUCACCUUUAGCAUAUACCUGGCAUUCAACUUCCUCUGCGCCUUUGCUCCCAACUUUGGCAGUCUCCUCGUCGGUCGAUUUCUUUCAGGCACUUUCGUUUCCGCCGCCCUCAGUAACGGCCCUGGUGUCUUGGCCGAUCUAUGGAACCCGGUACAGCGUGCCAACGCUAUGGGAGGCUUCUCAGCAACGCUUUGGAUCGGACCCUCACUCGGUCCAGUUAUUGCAGGCUUUCUCCAGCUCAAGAAGGACUGGCGAUGGAGCUUCUAUGUCCUUCUCAUGCUUGGUGGUGCCUCGUUCUUCCUCAUGCUAACCAUCCCCGAGACCCACGGUCCGACUGUCCUGCGCCACAAGGCUCGACGAAUCCGCAAGGCUCAGAUUCCCGGCUAUGAGAACGUCAAGGCUCAGAUUGAAGACAAUAACCUCGGCGUCGUUGGCGUUUACAAGGUCGCCCUAACUCGCCCAUGGAUCAUCCUCUUCGACCCAGUCUCCUUCCUCAUUGCCAUCUAUCUAUCCGUGGUCUACACUUUGCUCUACAUGCUCUUCACAAUCUAUCCCAUUGUCUUCCAGGAGAAGCGCGGUUGGAAUGCCGGCGUUGGCGAGCUUCCCUUGCUUGGCACUGUUUUGGGAGCCGUUCUCGGCGGUGUUAUUGUCCUCUUCGACACUCGUCGUCAACAGAAGAAGAUUGAUACUGGCAAAAAGCAAAUGCACGAGUUCACACCUGAAGACCGUCUCCCUCUGGCCAUUGUUGGUGCCAUCACUUUCGCAGGUGCCAUGUUCUGGUUCGCUUGGACUGCUGAAUUCAACUCCGUCCACUGGAUCGUCCCCACAAUCGCCGGCGGCUUCCUCACCACCGCCCUCCUGCUCCUCUUCGUCGGCUUCUUCAACUACCUCGUCGACACCUACCUCAUGUACGCCGCCUCCGCCAUCGCCGCAAACACAAUCAUGCGAUCCGCCUGCGGUGCCGCCGCCCCUCUCUUCACCGUGCAAAUGUUCCACGCCCUCGGCGUCGGCGGCGGUGGCUCUCUCGUCGGAGGUGUCGCCGUCCUCCUUUCCGUCAUCCCCUUCCUCUUCUACAAGUACGGAGCCGCCAUCCGAGCCCGCAGUCGCUUCAACCCCAAAAAGGCCUCCAAGCCUCCUGCCAAGACGGAUGUGGAGGCAAACCCCGUUGUUCUGGAAGACCCCAACGAGGGCGAAUCGGGGGAUACCUCAUCAGAGUCCUCUGGCUCGAGCACUAUCGGUGCUGACGAGACCGGAGAGAAGCCUUCCGAGAAGGAGCAUUCUGGUCUCAAGCCAGAAGCAGCUCACACACAGACAGAAGCGUCUGCUUCUACAGAGAAGGUGAAGUCAGAAGAGGCAUGA